UUUUUCUGUUUAGUUUGAUAUUUCUCUUUUAAUGAUUGUAAUUUGCAAAGCACUUGUGUUUCCCUUGAUGCAUUGGUAAAGCUAAGUUGUACCUUUCCAGAUCUUUAAUUUGACACAGUGCAUUUCAUAUUUCAAACAUCACAUGUCUGCCAGUGUACAGCACUUUGUAUCGGCCCUGUUUAAAAUGCACUUGAAUGAAUGAAGUCUCUUAAAGAGUCCUGAACCCAGUUUGUCCAGUUGAUUGACCGGACCUUUAUUUGAAGGGCCCGGCCGGACAUCCUUGUUUACUUGCUGAAGCUUCUGCACAACCUGUUUGUUGAUCGCUCUAUGAGGCUUAUUAACACCCGAGUUUAUUACGAGCUGGGUUGCUCUCUCAGGGGGGGUUUGAGCUCCCAUCGCCAGGUAGAGAUAUCUGAACACGUGACAGGAGAUAGAAACACAGAACGAGUAUGUGAGAGGUUUUUAUCAGGCGACGGUCUGAGAGGCUUUUCUACUGUAGCUCGUUAGCUUAGCUGCGUCGCCUUCAGUGUACACAGGCUUUUUGUUCCUCCUCUGGAUGACGGAGUAGUUCUACUGUGAACUACAGACCAGGCGCACGAACACAGCGGCUGAUCUGUGGAGAGACGUGUCAGGAAUAAUUUCUGGUUGUCAACCUCAGCCCCGGGCUAACCCCCGGUCGCCGACCGAAUUAAUGGCCGGAAAUCCGAGGAGGGGCGCCGGUCUCAUCGGCUUGAUGAAGGACGCCUUUCAGCCCCACCAGCAGCCUCUGCAGCCUCACCAACCUGCAGUGGUCGAUAAGAAAAUGGUGGAGAAAUGCUGGAAACUCAUGGAUAAGGUGGUGCGUUUGUGCCAGAACCCUAAGGUGGCUUUAAAAAACAGCCCCCCCUACAUCCUGGACCUCCUGCCUGAUACCUACCAGCACCUUCGCACUAUCCUGUCCCGAUACGAGGGCAAGAUGGAGAUCCUCGGGGAGAACGAGUAUUUCCGAGUCGUCAUGGAGAACCUGACCAACAAGACCAAGCAGACCAUGAGUCUCUUUAAGGAGGCCAAGGAGAGGAUGUACGAGGAGAACUCCCAGCCCAGGCGAAACCUCACCAAGCUGUCUCUGAUCUUCAGUCACAUGCUUGCAGAGCUGAAAGCCAUCUUCCCCAACGGCCUGUUUCAGGGCGACAACUUCAGGAUCACCAAAGCUGAUGCUGCAGAGUUUUGGAGGAGGUCAUUCGGGGACAAGACCAUAGUGCCAUGGAGGACUUUUCGUCAGGCUCUCCAUGAGUUUCAUCCCAUCAGCUCGGGCUUGGAGGCCAUGGCUCUCAAGUCCACCAUCGACCUCACCUGCAACGACUACAUCUCAGUCUUUGAGUUCGACAUCUUCACCAGGCUCUUCCAACCUUGGUCGUCUCUUUUGAGAAACUGGAACAGCCUGGCGGUCACACACCCGGGUUACAUGGCCUUCCUGACCUACGACGAGGUCAAGGCUCGGCUGCACAGGUUCAUCCACAAACCUGGCAGCUACAUCUUCAGGCUGAGCUGCACUCGGCUGGGCCAGUGGGCGAUCGGCUAUGUGACAGCUGACGGGAACAUCCUGCAGACCAUCCCCCAUAACAAACCACUCUUCCAAGCCCUCAUUGAUGGAUACAGAGAGGGAUUCUAUCUGUUCCCAGACGGUCGGGCGCAGAACCCAGACCUCACAGGACUCUGUGAACCGUCACCACAGGACCACAUCAAAGUCACUCAGGAGCAGUAUGAGCUGUACUGUGAAAUGGGCUCCACCUUCCAGCUCUGUAAGAUCUGUGCAGAGAACGACAAGGACGUGAAGAUUGAGCCCUGCAGGCACCUGAUGUGCACGUCCUGUCUGACUGCAUGGCAGGAGUCCGAGGGUCAGGGUUGCCCGUUCUGCCGCUGUGAGAUUAAAGGCACAGAGCCCAUCGUGGUGGACCCCUUCCACCCGAAGGCCAGCGGGGCUUCCUUUGCUGGUUUCCAGGGGUCCAGCAGAGCAGAGGCUGCUGGGAAUGAUGAUGAGGAGGACGAUCGUCUGGAGGACCAGCACCUCGUCAUGAGCAGGCUGGCCUGCAGCAAGGUAGAGCGUCCAGCUUCCCCAGUGUCUCAGCUCCCGCCUGUGCCCCCCCGACUGGACCUCUUGCAGCAGAGACCCUCCAGCUCGCUCAGCAUACAGAGUCAGGGAGCCACACCCAAGAUGUCAGCCACUCACAGAGACAAGCCUCUACCUCUGCCUCCAGCCCUGAGAGAGCUGCCUCCUCCUCCCCCUCCCGAGCGCCCUUCCCUACUCGGUCAGGACUGCAGACUCCAGAGGAGACCCCUGCCCUCCACUCCCGACCAAUCUGCCUGGGCCUCCAACUACAUGGUGCCUCGCCCUGUGGCGAAGGCCGCCCUGUCAGCCCUGUCCCCCGUCCCUCAGAGCAACGGGACCAGCGGAGAGGGAAUCAAACCCCAGGCAGCUACGAAUGCCGUCUACUGCCUGGCUGCAAGAUCUCUGCCAGCAUCGGCAGCGACGAGUGCAGAGCGGCCGUCGUCGGACUGUGAGGAGAACGAGUACAUGAGUCCCACCUCUCUCCCGGCCUCUGGUGCUCCCUGGGUCAUCACAGGCUCCUUGGUGCCUCCUCCACCACCCCCAGUGCAGACCAACCACCAUAACGACGCCAGUGAGGUGGUCGAUAGUGACUGUGAGGACCCCCAAGUCUACGAGUCCAUGUGUAACAUUCAGGCCGGGGCCGGUUCCUCUGAGACGCUACAGAUCUCUGACGCAGACCCCCCUCAGCUCCCGGCUGCAGUUCCCCAGGACAAACCAGAGGAGAGCAGCGAGGAGGACGUUUACGAGUACGACUUCCCCCGACCGGUCAUCCCUCCCGCCCCCACCAGGAGAGCCAUGUCAGAGAUCAGUGGCCCCUCAGCUGCUUUCAGCACUCUUAGCCUGGACGGCCCCGUAGAAGCCAGUAUGUUUGCAGCAGGUGUGGACCCGGAGCGCCCCCCCAAACCUCUGCCACGGCGAGCCAACUCUGACCGACGACCCCGGCCUGCAAAUCGUGAUUUCUCCUCCCCGCUGCCAGACCUCCCUGGACCUUCUUCAUCCACUUCUGCCUCCCCGACCCCUCCUCCUCCGCCUCCUCCUUCUACUGGCAGCCUUGCUCUGAACGGGGAGAUUGAGUGCCUGGUGUCCCAGGGCUACUCCAUCCAGGACAUCCAGAAAGCCCUGAUGAUCGCCCAGAACAACCUGGAGACGGCCAAGAACAUACUGCGCGAGUUUGUGUCCAUCCCCUCCACGGCUCAUAUCGCCACAUAGUCGCUCCAGGCUCACCCAAACCCUCUGUGUUUGUCUCCGUCUCCACUCUGUGCCAUUAUAACGGAUAAGCAUUUUCCAAGCACUUUCCUGCAGGGCCACCGGGGCCGCUCCUCUGUGGAUUGAUGCUGUGUUCAAGUCAUAUCAAGGGGUACAGAUUUAAGACAUGGCAACUACAUCCUCUGCACAUUCUGGGCUUGGGCAGACUUUCUGAGGUCAUUAUUAACAAACUUGGAACGAGCUAUAACGACGUAACUGAAAUAAUAAAUCAUGGAUUCUAUUGUUCUGAUGCCAAGUAGAUGGAAAAGCAUCAUAAUCUCCUGUUCACCUGUUACCGUCACUUUAAGAGUGACGUUCUUUAGUCCAGGUGUGCGUAGCUCUGUGAAGAGCUCGUAAUAUUCGCCGGUCAUGUUGUUUUAGAGUCAGAUGCAGAGAUGCCUGAUAUGACUUGGACACAGCACACACAGGGAAUGAAAGUCUUGUAGUGAGCUCUCUGUAGCCGAGCUUUGACCCUGUCGUACUCUGCUGAGACCCUCUGGAGCUGUGGCCGUGUCCCCCCUCAGCUUCAGUGCGUGUCUCUCAUUAAGCUGGAUGUUGAAGCUACAGUGACUUUGCUCAGCAGAAGGAUCAUGUUCUUGUUUUUUUCACUCGGUGUCCCGCUGCUGGCAGCCGUUUAGUUUUGGUGCUUUACGAGCUUCUUGGCAAAUUGUGGCGUAUGAAAAAAAAAAAUGUAGCGACACCAGUUUCGGUGGGAAAUUAGUGAUUAAGUCAGUGGCGUGUGUGUGUGUGUGUGUGUGUGUGUGUGUGUGUGUGUGUGUGUGUGUGUGUGUGUGUGUGUGUGUGUGUGUGUGUGUGUGUGUGUGUGUGUGUGUGUGUGUGUGUGUGUGUGUGUGUGUGUGUGCUCAUGCUGAUGAAUGUGAACGUUCAGUCGCGGUGCAGUAUCGCAGGGCUUCACGUCGUACGCGUCACCGUGGCUCGCUCUGUUUCGAUGGUAUCUGACCAGUCAGACGUGACUCCAUGUUUCUGUAACGAUAACAUCUUUAAUGUUUAAGUACUCUCAUGAGGUGUCGUGCUGUGUAGUACUAACAAACGACUGAAGUGUCAGGAGUAUAUUAUGUCAUUUAAUUCCAUGAUUUCCCGCCGUCAUUCCAGGUGAUCUGACACUGAAGGCUGGUUUAUUUACUCAAAAGCUUCUUCUACAUUUCUACUAAAAAACAAAAGGUCUUUAACAUGCUACUACGUUUCUUUUUGCAUGUUCAGGAUCAGAGUCAGACCCACAACGGCUGCUGCAGAGGUUUGAUUGUUAGACUGAAAACCUGAAGGAGGUGUGUUGUCAUGUGGAUUUAGGAGCUCCCUCUAAAGGCUGAAUGUAAUGAGCAGGAAAAGGAGCCACUGAGGAGGAUGAUGUAAUUUUGGAAAAUCCAGAAACACUCCAAAGAUGAGUUUAAAAGAAACACAGCCACGUUUGAUAUUUCAAAAACUUUUUGUUUCUGUUUUGCGACUCCCUCCAGACCCUUUUUUUUAUUUCAUUAUGAGUGCGAAAACAAGAUUAAAAUACAACAGAAACAGACAUUAACACGAAAGAACACUCAGAUCAAAGAAAAGUACGGACUUUUUGAAUCUCCUUAUUUAAUGAAAAAAUGACAUAAAAUAGACUAAGUAUUUAGUCUAAUGAAAGAAAUCAGGAGACCAUGCACAAUCCUGAACACCUGCAGGUAAACAACGGCAAAUUGGUUUGCAAGUGCAGCUAAUAUUAGCAGAGCUAAUACCACCAGUGUUUGCUCCUCCUCGCAGGUAAACAUCCACAUGUCUGUGCUGGUUGUGCAUCACUCCGGUCGAGUGGUUUUAUGCUCUUUUACCCAUAGACUGAAUAAAUAAUGGACGUAGUAUCUGUGACGUCACCCAUCUGUUUCUGAAGUGCUCUCUUGAAGCCAAUCAUUGGCGGCAGCCAUAUUGGAAAUGUUGAACUCAACAUAACUUCUGUCAAGUGAUUGUGACAUAGAGGCGGGCUUUGAGCCUCCUAGCCAACAGCUAUAGUGUUCCUGCCUGUCAAUCAAGUCAGCUGUGCCUCUCAUUGGAAGACUCGUUAUCUUAAUAUCUUCGAAAUUGCGGCGUUAGAAAAAAAUUCACCCUCCGUACAGUGUGUGCCGAUCGAGAAAUGAGCUAUCCAGACUACACUCGUCUUUUGAACCAGGCUGUAAACAUGUUUAUUUCUGUUGUAAAGGUUGUCUGCUUUGAAUUGUUGUGUAUGUGGUUUCCGGUACUUCCAGAGCCAGUCUCAAGCGGAUCCUUGAUGAACUGCAGCUGUUAACACUUCCGCAUUGGACUUAUAUUUGUAGACUGGAGGUUGCCGCUUGAUUAAACCCGACAAAGCCUAAAAACAAUUUCAUCCCCAUUUUCUAGAUCGAAAUCCUGACAAACUGCAGCGUUACGAGACACCAUCUGUGGUAGAGUAUUACAGCAGCAGCCUUUAACUAGAGCUGGUGGCAAGUGGCUGCACAACUGCCUUUAGAGUAAGAGAGAAUAUUAAUAAUCGGUUUAACUGACCAGUAACUCUGAGAGGAGAUUUAAUUGUACAUCUGACUUGUAGAAGGAACAACCCAACAUUUAAUUUACAAGCUUCAUCAAAAUUAAAUGUAUUCCUCUAAUUUCAAACUAUGAAGAUGGGUAGUUCGGAUACAAUAAUCCUCUCUGAUCACCACACAAAUCACAGACCUGAUCUCUGGCUCAUGCAGCACGAACAUUUCACUCACUCAUCUAUUUCAAGUAUUAGCUGCAGGAUGAACAUUGAAGAUUACUCAGCAAGUUUACAAACUUCUGAAUCAAUCAUUUCCUGAUCGCCUGAUAUUCAAAUGCAUCUUUGUGGAUAAUUCAGAAGUAAUUUUGCUUCUUUACACCAGUGUUAUAUGAUGACUUCGGCACGCAACAGAGUUUUAAACUUUUUCUUUCUGGUUGGUUUUUUGGAUCGAUCAGCGCAGAGUGCAGUGCAGCUCUCUGCAUAUUUAUCCGAGCACGGGAUCAGGAGCAUGUUCAGAGCGAAGAUGAAAAGAUAUCUGAGUCAUCAUCGAGGCAGGGGGUCUGGUCUGAGUCGGGGGGAUCUGCACAGAAUACAAAUACACUGCAAGAGGAGCAGCAUCUCCUGUCAGAGGGCUGAUCUGUUCUAAUGUGCAGGUUCAGAAACCAGACGAGUCUCAGUCUUUUCUUCUUUUACAUCUAAACAUAUGUGAAGCAUCCUGUGUGCUCAGAGCGCAGUUUCUCCUAUUCAUUUAAGAACAGAUCCUGAUGAUCGCUUCUGAGGCCUGCAGUAACGUGCAUACGUGCCUUAAGUCAGGCGCAGUCUGAUACAACCAAACCAAAGCUCCACAUCUGCUCUUUAAGGGAAAGGAAAUCUAUACUUCCUGCUAUUAAUUGGACCUUUUCUUCAAACGGUGUUAGUUGUGAUGUUCAGAGGGUACGGAGGGUGUGGAGUCAGUUCUCCACAUGAGGUCGUUUGAUGUGCAGAAAACAUCAAAGACUCUGCGAUUCUGACGCAAGGACAAAAUACAGAUUACAGAAUGGAUUCUUGCUUUGGUAACAUCCCAUGAGAAACACAUCUGUUAUCAAGAUACAUGAUGAGUGGACGUUUAAAGCUAGCAAAAAUAACAUCGUAAGUGCCCCCUGCUGGACAAACUGUGUCAUGGAAACUGUUUUGGUUGUAAGCUGUGUUCAAGUGAUCAUAACAUUUUUUUAAAUAAGAAACUGUGUUCCUCUUUUAAGCUCAGUGUGUGCAGCAGUGUGCACACAUACUUAUUAUUACUCUUCACACACUGGCUAAUUUAUGAAUUGUUGACACUAGAGGAGAGCAGAGGGAUCACAAAAGCAUCAACCCUACCAUCAGAGGGAUGGAGAGAAAUUAAAAGAGGGAUCCAUGAUAUUUAAAUGGGUACAUAAAACCAUAAUAAUAAUGCACUCACCUACUAAAUCAUUACAUCUUUCUCUUACAUAAGCAGGUCCAGACAGUCCUUGAUCCUGGACCUACUGUCAUUUUCCCAUUUCAACACCUGAAACACAGAAGUAAAGCUUCAUUUGAUUAAAACACGUACUGCACAUUGAUGUGAAGCAGAGAAGACAGGCGCGGAAAUAAGCUUGAAGUCAAACCAAGUUCGUCUUCAGUUCUGUAACACUCCAGUCUGCUGUGGAUCCAGAGAAAUCCUGCAGCUUUGCCUUCCCUAAACUCAAAGGUUUUAAAGCUGCACCCUGAUCCUGUUGGUUCAUAGAGUCAUCCAACCUUCUGUUUUCUACUCACUCCACCUGUAUGAACGCUCCACCUGAGACCUGACCAUGAGAGUGAUGCUGUGUGAGGAAACACUCGAGGCUUACAGUUCUGAUGUAUUACUGCCAGAGGCUCCCUCCUCUUAACACACACACAUGCACGCACACACACGCACACGCACACACGCACACACGCACACACACACACACCCCUUUGCUGUCAGUCAGUGGGUAAAACUCAGACGGUGUGUCGGUUCAGGUCCUCCGGUGAAUGAUAUGAGUGGUGUCUUCAUGGUUUAACUCGCCUUUACAAGAACUUGCCUACUAAACAGUUGUCUUCAUUGCUUUGUUGUUGCUUGUGUAAAUAUGAUUUUAUUUAUUUUCUUUUUAAUAUCCUCAUUAUUCUUUUUGUUGCCAUAUUUUCAUGCCUAAGCCAUUAAGAUUUUUAAUUAAACAGUAUUUUCUUUAA